AUGCAGUUACCGCUGGUUUCCACUCUUGCUCUCGCGGCCUCGUUGGCUUCUCUGGCCUCCGCCAACCCAAUAAAAACUUCAGGAGAAAGUCCAUUGGAAGAAGCAGCGGUAUUUGCCCUUGUGAUGGCGAGCAAGUAUGGCUACCCAGCCCUCCCAUUCGCUGAACUCGCGUUGCCAAUCUUGAAUCAUACUUCUUCCAACAAGUUUAAUCAUACAAAGGACCUUCCAACUCCAGCUUCCAAAGCCGGUGCCUUUCCUAAUGUGAACACUCUUUCGUCAACGGCAAUAAUCGACUUGUCUUCCGAUGACCUUGUGGUGGAAAUUCCUGGCAUUCCGGACCGUUACUGGGUUCUCGGAAUCUAUGACGUCUAUGCAGGCAAUUAUGCCAAUAUCGGGUCAACCCAAGGCUCCACCCAAGGAAGAUACCGCAUAAGCUAUCGGCGCAAUAAGCCGGGUGUUGAGCAUCAUGGACCGGAGGGCUUUUAUCAGUCAUCUGUGUAUUCCCCAACUGCAUGGGGAAUAUUAGUGGCUCAGCUACAAGUCAAGAAUGGGUCAGAUGUGGACGAGGUGCAUCGCCUCCAAAACGAGAUCGGAAUGUAUACAGUGAACAAGCCAUUCGCCGGAGUCCGUCGUCUGCAUGCGAACGUCCUGACCGAGGAGCUCUCCGAAGUCGCCACGGAGCGCCUUAUGCAAUUGACUUGCAGAAUUGAGGAUGCUGAUUUAGAUCGCAGUAAAAAUCCGAACUGGGCCGUCUCUGACGCUUUGCAGCGCGCCGGCUGUCUGGGUGGCUCUUACCAGUCCCAAGGGGUUGAUCUGAAAUGGGCGGCCGAAAAAGCUAACAAGACAGUGGAAGAAGCGGGACAUGGGGAAGAUGUCAUACGUUUCGACAACGGCUGGAAGUUGGAACCGCUCCAAUUUGAUAGCGGGCGCUAUGAUAUCAGGGCCUGGACCUCUCGAGUGAACUAUUUAGCUUUGAGCUUUGAGGAGGCCCUGUACCCCAUAUACACCGAGGACGAGGAACUCAGUUCCGAAUCGAAUCAAGGAUACAAAUUGACAUUCAACAGCCGCCCUCCGUUGAAAGAAUAUGGGUUCUGGAGUUUGACCGCCUAUGGCCCUGAUGGAAACCUGAUAGCGAAUUCCUUGAACCAGUAUUCGCUUGGCAGUUUCUCCAACCUUACCUAUUUGGAUGGUACCCCUGUUUACGGAGAAGAUCAAGACCAGGAAGGUCCAUUUGACAUUCUCCUUCAAUCCCAGCAGCCCGCAAGUGGGACAUCCAACUGGCUGCCAACACCCUCUGGUAAGGGCAAAAUUUCAUUCGCCCUUCGAUUUUAUGGACCUCAAGAUCCACUGCGCGAUGGGUCCUGGCCAUACCCUCUUGUCGAAAAAGUUGAUGCUAAGAAUGGGUGA